AUGAUGGGACAACCAGGACGGCAAGUUAAGACGAAGAUCAAGUACUUUGAUGACCCUGGAGUGCCAUUGGUGCCCAUGGUGAUUGGAGGCCCGGAGCCUGGCAAGCCGCAACCUAAAAUCGAAAUCCCGACGACAAUUACAGAUAUUACCGGCAGAGAAGAUGAAUUCACGCUCGACGUCCAAGGAUUUCACUACGUGAAGCAUGAGAGCCAAGUGACGAACUGGGACGAUGAUGAAGAGAUCAAGCGAGUGAACUAUCCAGAAAUGGAGAAGCUGUGUUGCAAGGUUUUGGCGGAAACCGAGAACAUGCCUAAACCCUGCUUAGUGCACAUUAUGACGCAUAUAAUACGUCGUGGACCUAAGGAUGGCGAAGGCCCCCAAGGUCCGGCGCCGUUAUACGGUGUUCACGUCGACCAGUCUUUUGCAGCUGCGGAGGGUGUUGCCCAGAGAUGGCUGGGAGAUAGGGCAGAGGAGCUGCUCAAAAAGCCACGAUAUCAAAUCAUCAACGCAAGUAUGUGGCGGCCGAUUCGCCCCAUUACGCGGGAUCCCUUCGCCGUUUCCGACGCCAGAACCAUCCCGGAUUCAGACCUGGUGUUCGUGCCAGUACGAUUUCCGGACCAUGACACCGAGGCGGUGGAAGUGCGCCCGCCGACGAACUCGUCUCACAAAUGGUACUUCAAGGACCAACAGCAGCCAGAUGAUGUCUUGUUCUUCAAACAGGUGAACUCGAGCACCAAGCCGGGAGUUCCUAGAAGAGUUCCCCACUGUGCUUUCAAGGACACAGAUCUGCCCGAGGGAGCCGGAGAGCCGAGGGUCAGUGUCGAGGUCAGAGCAUUUGUCUUCUACGAUGAGGAUUAG